AUGUCGUCUUCAUCCCAGCCUAAAUGUCUGGUUAGAGGUUCAAUCAAUAUCGACGAGUUUUUCGCUUUACCACAUAUCGUCCGACCUGGAGAGACCAUCUCCUCGACUUCUCUCACUAAAAGAGCAGGAGGGAAGGGAGCGAAUCAGGCUUAUGCUGUUGCUCGUGCGGGAGGCCAGGUUGAUCUGGAUGGCUGUAUAGGUAAAGAUGGAGAAUGGGUAAGGGACUUCUUGAAGAGUGGUGGUGUAGGUGACACCAGAUUAAUCACUUUGGAUAAUGAGGUUGCGAAGUUGACGGGAAGGGCUAUCAUUCAAUCUGCUGCUGAUGGGGAGAACUCGAUAGUCCUCCACGCCGGAGCAAAUUACCACCUUCCUUCUCCUCUUCCCAAUCCCGACUUGAAAGACUACACCCACAUCCUCCUUCAGAAUGAGAUCCCUCUACAGUCAACUCUAUCAUACCUCAAAGCAUCAAAGCAAGAAGGUCUGAUAUCGGUAUUUAACCCUUCACCUAUGUUAUCCCAGAAAGAACUCCGCGAAUUCCCUUGGGAAUGUCUAUCGUGGUUGAUAGUCAAUGAAGGUGAACUGUUCGAUCUCUUAGACGCUUUCCAGCAGGAUCCUACGACGACCAAAACCAAGAAGAGCAAUAGUCUGGAUGAGCUGAGCUUGGAAGAGUUAAAAGCUAGAUCGACAGGUGGGAUUUUGAAUCUACAUUCUAAUUCUUACUUCUCCAAGAAUAUCAAUAUCAUAUGUACCCUCGGAUCGAAAGGGAUAUUGUACUUCAACCCAACCUCAGGAAGUAAGGAGAUAGGUCAUCUACCUGCUGGGAAAUUACUCAAUCCGCUGAAGGAUACGACAGGAGCAGGAGAUUGUUUUGCUGGGUAUUUUGUAGCCGGGUUGAUGAGGGGUGAUAAGCUGGAAGAUGUCUUGAAGACUUGUUUGAUGGCUUGUGCGAUCUGCGUGGAGAAUCAAGGUGCGAUGGAAAGUGUACCCAGUAGAGAUUCUGUCCUUUCUAGAUUAUAA